CGUGACUUCUGUCAAUAAUAAAAGACGAAACGACAAAUGGACUGCAAACAACGAAAGUAGCAAGAGACUGGAGACCCCACAUUUUUUUUUUGGUUAGGUAGCAGGUGCCGACUUUACCGACAUCGUGAACCGAAUAAAUCGCCGAUUUUUAUAAAUACGGUGAAAAAACAACAAUAAUAAAAUGCAUUCGAUACGAAUUAGCCUCCGCUCGUGCCCCAAACACUGGCGCUGCUUCUCCCGCAGUUCCGUGGUUACACAAACCGAGCCCCAAGCAGCCCCAGUGGAAAAACUGACAAUACCUCCCCCCAGCGACGCCGACAAGCCCAUCAGCCCCAAAAUCGAAAAGCUCGUGACUGAAAUCUCCCAGUUGAAUCUUCUAGAAGUGUCUGAGUUGAGUGGGGCUCUCAAAAAACGGCUGAACCUUCCCGACGCCCCCGUUAUGCCAAUGGGGGGUUUUGCUGCAGCUGCUCCUGCCGAGGAAGAAGAGGAGGCCCCCAAAGCAGUCAAGUCCAUAUUCACAGUGAAAUUGAUGAAAUACGACGAGAAACAAAAAGUCGCCCUUAUUAAAGAAAUCAAGGGCUUGUUAGAAGGUAUGAACUUAGUGCAAGCGAAGAAGUUCGUGGAGAGUGCGCCCACGGUCGUGAAGGCGGACAUCGCGAAAGACGAAGCCGAUAAACUAAAAGCGGCGAUUGAGAAAGUGGGGGGCGUGGUGGAAGUGGAGUAAUUUAAUUUCAAAACACCGUUAAGUCACUCAACUAUACAGCAAGAACCCAAAAUAAGCUAACAACCAAACAAAUGUAAGUGCACGCCGGGAGACAAGGUCUUAAAGUUAAACGAUUUGAAAUCACGUGCAAUUAAGUAGCUAAUAUCCCUCUCUACUUCUCUCUUCUUUAUGGACCACUUUUUAAUUUCCGCUGUGCGUUUAGAUCGUACUUGAACGUAAUGUUCAAUUGACAGGAAACAGUUUUGACGUGCACUGUAUUUCCAAAGUGAAAUAUAUUUAAUUUUUUAUCAUAA